GGGAAUUCCGUAGAUCUAUAAGUCAUGUCGGCAUCCUUAAUCGUCACUCCGCCCGGCCGCGCUGACUGUCGUCGCGUUUAUGUAAGAACCAGGCUCGGGUCACCCGUAAAUACUGAUCACUUUCACUCGGCGGUGCCCAUGUUGCCUCCGCCUCACCGUCCUGCCCGAUUCCCUCUUUGAUUCCACCGUACGGCGUCCUCCUCCGUCCUCCGUCCUCCGUCCUCCUGCUUGCUCAUCACCUCCGACCGGCCAGUAUCGGCUCCCGUCGCUCAAUUACAUAACUUUCCACCACGUUCGCCUCUCUUUUUUUACAUGUUUUAAAAAACCCAGCUCCUCAUCCCCAGGACUCUCCAGGCUCCGAGCUUUUCGGGAAAAUGCUCACUUGAGCUCGAUCCAGGCCAAUUUUCUCUCUCUCUCGCCCUCUCUGUCUCUCUCUGGUUCUCCGCUCCACCGUGCUACUUUUUUGGUGCUACUUUGUGUCAGGGAUUCCGUGCGUCCCUUGGUCCCUGUGGUGUAAGUUCCAAGUGCUUCCUCGGUUCGAACGAACAGAUAUCUGCCUCCGAAAUUCUCAGUGCGGUUACUCUUUAACAUGAUUCCUAUUUCACCGUCCAGAUUCAGUUCUUUGAGGCAUGGUCUGUUCUUGUGUGUCGGGUUAAGUUUCUGUGCUACGCUCACGUCAUGCACCAUCCUGUCAGUCAAUUCAACACCUGAAUAUGUUCAUCCUUGUCACAAAGCAGAUCCUAAUAUCAACUCAUGUAUUAAAGAGACUUUCAACCAUUUGCGACCCUACUUGAUCUCAGGGAUCCAAGAAAUCAAGGUCCCAUCAAUCGAACCCAUGAUCAUUCAACGCAUGGCCAUGGAAAAUGGGCACGGGCCAGUGAGGGUCAGAGCUUUCUUCAACAACAUGACCAUAUUGGGGGCAAGUAACUACACGGUGCUCUCCGUCAAGAGCGACUUGACGAAAUGGCGCAUCGAUUUUGGUCUCUUCAUCCCUUACAUAGAAGUCACAGGCAAUUAUGACGUGAACGGGAACGUUUUGCUGUUUCCAGUGAGGAGUCGUGGAGAAUUCUGGGCCGCUUUCAGCAAUGUAACGGCUCUGGCAAAACUUUAUGGACAGGAGGUUUACAAGGAAAACGUCACGUUCAUGAAAACGGAUCGACUUGGCGUCAAUUUCAAACUUUCAAAGUCAAAUUUUAGAAUCAAAGACUUCCUGAACGGGAAUAAUGUGAUAGGGGAGGCGAUGAAUCUAUUCCUAAAUCAAAACGCAAAGGAGAUCAUCGAAGAGAUGAAGCCUGCCGCCUCGCAGGCCAUCGGGAAACACUUCAAGAAUUUCUUGAACAGUGCGUUCUUGCAGAUCCCGUUGGCCGUCUGGCUCAAAGAUGGUCCAUUGCCAUCAUCAGUGCCGCUAACGCCGAGUAACGCCAACACGAGUGGUAGUGGUGCAUCGCCUCCUAAAUAAUUGGUCUCAAACUACGCCUUGCCGUUCCCUUUUCCUUCCGAGAUAGACUGCGCUGAGAUCGGCAAAAGUCAGGUGGAUCCUCAGAGGUUAACCCAUCGUUUCCCGUCACAUCGAUAGAUAAUCGAUAACUAUUGGUCUCGAAAAAAUCGUCGAGAAAUGUUUACAAAAGACACCAUCCAGUCGAACUUCAGUUGGACGGAAUCAGGGUCGCAUUCAUAAUUGUUCCUUAAACUGUAAGGCAUCUUUAAUGAACCGUGAUGAGCAGAGGGAAACCAAGCUUCAUCAGCUAUUGCCAACUUUAAUUGGGCGAUUUAAUUUUUUACAUGAGGACGGUUGUUCGGAUUUUUGUGCAAAUUUCAGUGAGAUUUCUGCAAAGUAUGAAAGCGAAUUCCCUAAAAUUGUGUACCAAAACUGCUCAACCGGUUUCAUGUAAAAAAUGAAAUUGCCCUGUUAAAUUUGACAAUAACUGAUGUGGCUUGGUUCAACUCUGCUAAAAGCGGUCCUAAUCACACUGGUCGAAAGGCAAAGUUCUAAAAGUCCUUAAAGUUUAAGGCACGACUACAGAACACGGCCCUCAAUCAGAGGCAGCCUUGUUGCAUUUCACGUUGGCAAAUUCCCUUGAAAGUUCUUGAAUUGUCUUAAUUUUUUAUCAGGAGACUGAACAGCAUAACGAAGUGAAAUGUUUUGUGA